CAAUUAUUUGGGCCCAAGGGUUCGUGUCAGUUCUCCAUGGGGGCAAUGAAAUUAUCCGCCGCGUUAGUGUUUUUGGGCUAUGUGCGGAUUGAUAUAUGGGCAAUGGGUGAAUCAAGGUCUAACUCAACGGAAAGGGGUGCAAGGCUGUGGUUUCAUGUGGGCCCUCACAAAACUGCUUCGACAACAAUUCAGAAACAGCUUAAAGCUUGGUAGACCUAUCUAACAAGUGACGGCUGGACGUGGGAAGACCCUGCGCAAUUUGGACACUUACGCGGACACAUGACUCAAAUCAUGAAUGUUGCAGAGUGUUAUAGGAUCCCGUCCAAGUACAAGGACAACAUAGAAACAAUUUGUUCAGAUUGGCUGCACUUUCUUGACCAGCUCAAAGGAACUUCAAAAAAGGUAGUGAUGUCUAGUGAGCGUUUCGACCAUAUCAAUGACACCAGCGUCGCACAGCUCGCGUUUGACUUAAGCCACAUCAGUACCACCAUCGUGAUGGUGUACCGACCAUUUUACGAUUGGAUCGCAAGCUGGUAUCGGCAGCUCAAGGCUCACGGGCAGGUUGAAUUGGCCUUCGCAGAUUGGCUAAGCGUUUCAAACAUGGAGUAUUACGCGUACAAUUUCUCGUUCACGACUUCUCUACAUAGUCGCUACGCCGCUCAUUUUUCUGAUGUGAAGGUGCACGUGAUGGGCCCCGAUAUGAUGACCGAUAUUGCCUGCGAUGACUUCAAUGCUACGAACACGUGCGCGAUGUCUAGGAAGGACAAAAUGAUGCAGCUAAACGUCAGAGCAAAAUCUUCGCCAGGUGAAUGCCUCAGUUCUCUGCAGCUGCAAACGCUGAGAACUAUAUCCAUUGAGUUGCACCGGGCGGUGUACGGUAUCUUUGCAUCUUCAAGUUUUCCCGCGGCGGAUUUCGAUGCCAAGGCCAGGAUUUGCUUCGGAAAUCCCCUUUAGAUCCCGUCAGCCAGCCGCUGCUGUCGUGCCCUCGGAGGAGGAGUCGAGUAAGAGGUCGCCUACAUAAACCAUGUGCCCCAAGUUUUUUUGUUCGCCACGCAAUGUAUAACCUUCGUAUACCAACAAACGUUGAACGCACUUGCUCAGCCCUGAGAGCCGAACAAUGUUUAUGUUCCGUAGAUGCUCGAAGGAUUUUGGUCAUCUCGCC